AUGGAGGAGUUCAAGGAUUCUACCACUUCGCUCGUGGCGGACGUUGACUGCACCGCGGAGGGCAAGGAGCUUUGCACGAAGUUUGGCGUCGGAGGGUACCCGACGAUCAAGUACGGCGACCCCGACGACCUCAAGGACUACAACGGCGGCCGCACGCUCGAGGACCUCAAGAAGUUUGCGAGCGAGAACCUCGGCCCCCAGUGCGGACCGAAGAACCUGGACCUGUGCAGCGCGGAAGUGAAAGCCAAGCUGGAGAAGUUCAUGACGAUGUCGGCGGGCAAGCUGGAGGGCAAGGCGAGGAACGCCAAGAAGGUGCUCGCGGAGGACGUGCCCUUGAUGAAGAAGGUGCUGGCCUUCAAGCAGAAGGGCGACGGCAAGACGGAGCUUUAA